AUGAUUGAGAAUAACGUGAAUUUAUCAAAUUCGUCGCUCAACAAAAAGAAUCACACCGAAGAAAAUGAUUUCUUUCACAAAUAUAAUUUUCAUGUCAGUCUUCUCGUCUAUCCCUAUGUUUCAGAAGAAAUUGUUGUGAGCGCUGUGGGUCAUAAAGUGCUGGUCGAGGCGAAGCAAAAGAAACCGAAAGUUAUCGAGAAUGGAUCUAAAACUUCUAGUGCUUUUUGGAGGAACUAUUUUGUACCAGAAGAAUACGACAUGACUAGGUUGAAAUACAGGAUUUGGGAUGAUGGGAUGCUGACCAUCAGCGUACCGAGGAAAGAUUCUGCGAACAAUAAUCCUCAUCUUACCGAAGUCCAGCCUAUCAAGAUGUCCUCAACCAACGAAUGUUGCUCCUUCAACGACGACCCAAAUUUCAUCGUCGACGAGAGGCAUGUCAAAAUAAAGAUAAACGUGGAGGGGUACUCCAAAGCCGACAUCCAGGUGAAAACCCGAGGCAACACUAUCCACAUCACUGGCCAAAAAGAUGAGAGCAAAGGGGAUGAGACAGUCACCAAGAAUUUCAACACUUCCUACGAUAUCCCGCCAGGUUACGAUCUACCACAAAUUAGUGCCAGGUUAUCAGAAGGAAUGCUGAUAAUUGAGGUUCCUGUGCAAAGAAGAGACGAUGGAGUUUCCAGAAAAGUCGAUAUACACUGA